AUGACGAUCGUGAUCAAGAAGCAAUACUAUACGUCUGAGAGACGAUCAACUGACGACACGCCCGAGCUACAAUCACCGGAGUCGAGCGAGUCAGAGCCGGACGAGCCAGAGUGUGAUGAAUCUGACGGCUUGUAUGGGGACGCAUGUUGCGAAUUCGACAUCGCAUGGAAUCUGCCAGCCGCGCUCGACGGUGAGGACGACAAGAAAAUCUUCCUUUCAGAAACACAAACCUUAACGAGGACCAAAGAUAGGGUGAAGGUUAUGAUGUGUCAAGACUACAUCCUGGAAGAGCAUGGGGAUAUGGGGCUCGUGCUUCUGGAAAACAUUUUCAGCGCACUACAAAGCCCUAACAACUCUUAUGAGGACAACUCGAUGGAAAUCCGCGCCUCCUACGAGAUGAUUUAUGUUUUGCUUCCCAGACAUCUGUGCUAUCUCAUGGAUAUGCUUCUCUGGCUCUGCCUGUCCUUCGUGAAAGCAGACCCCGGAUCAGUAUAUAUCUCAACAGCGGCAAUAAGCGAAGAAUCCCUCACCCUGAUGCCCCUGCAGCCAAUCGAGGAGACGGACCAACAUGCCAGCAAAGAAUACUGGCAUGCCAUGUUUGACGGUGUUGUCAUAGCCCAAGAUCCUCGCCUCGAAACCCAGCCGUGUCUCUGGCUAGAGUUGGACUUUAAGCUGCUGGAGCAGCUAUCGAGAGUGACGGACACUGGUGUGUACGACGGUGGCCUCCUUCUGACAGGCCCAUCCUCGACACUGACUCCGCUUCAGGAGUUAGAUAACUAUAUCGUUUGGAAAUUCGAUAUUGUGAACGUUUUUGAGCAUGGUGGUCUGGGGUUGCAGACACCGUGGAUGCGAACUCGUUCAUUGCAUCAAUUACGAUCAAAGAAAGCGCUGGUGAGCUGGUAUCCCCAGCUGAGGGGAAUGUUACUGCAGACAGAGCACGAUUGA